AAAAAAAAAGUUUAAAAUGGCUGAUAGCUCUGUGUUUUAUUCCGAAGUGGAAUCCAUUUUAGAGACGCUCAUAAUGACAGCGGUCGAUGUUCUCGGAGUUUCAGACAAAGGAACCGAUAAAACGAAGCGGACUCCGAGAGGCCAGCCAGAUGUUGCUGCCAUGUUGAUCAGCGAGGCGGCCAGGAAGAUCAGCAGCGUUUUCUCGCAGCUCUCCUUGUCACUUCUUGCUGAAAACCGCAAACUAAACACACAGCUGGAGGCUGAACUGAAGAGCACAGCCGGAGGUUUGGAAAACGCCCGGCUGUGGCGGGAGAACGUGCUGGACGGCGGUCCGGUGCUGCUGGAACAGAGCGGCAUGGUGUUCACCAUGAAGCCGCUUGGGAGACUGAAAAGAAAGAUGGAUGAUGGAAAUCCUCCUGCAGCCACUGCAGCGGUGGAAGACAUUGGAGAGACGAUUCAGACGCCUUCGUCUCCUCCUGCUGAAGAAGACACUGCUGAGGAUUUAGCUGCUCCAAAAAUCCCCGAACUAGAAAACUCUGAAUCCCAGAAGACACAGGAAGCAGUGCUGAAGCCUAAAGGAAAGGAGUUUGUGUGUGAGCUCUGCAAGAAGAGGUUUAGCCGUCGGUUUCACCUGGCAAAGCACAUGAACACUCACAAGGAGCAGCGGCCGUUUGCCUGUGACCGCUGCCCCAGGAAGUUCAGGACUGCAGAGACUUUGGAGAAACACCUGCUGCGACACGAAGAGAAGAAACACGCUAGCUUCCAGUGCCAGCGCUGCGAGAAGUCGUUCAAGACAAAAAUGAAUCUGAAGACACAUCAGCUGGUCCACUCAGACCUCCGACCGUUUAGCUGCGGGUCCUGUGGGAAGGCCUUCAAAACGAAGCACAACCUGCAGGCCCAUCAGGCGGUACACCUGGCAGAGAAACCACACAAGUGUUCAGAGUGCGGAGAGAGUUUCAGAUGCUCCGUCAGCCUGCAGUGCCACCGUAGUGUCCACACUGGUGAGCAUCCCUUCACCUGCACGGCAUGCGGCAAAGCCUUCUCCAGCAGGCGGUCGCUCCGGACGCAUCAGGCAGUCCACAGGGGGAAGGUAUUCACCUGCGAGACGUGUGGGGCGGGAUUCACCCUCCGACAGAACCUCCGGAGGCACAUCCGCAUUCACACAGGCGAGAAACCAUUUGCAUGCAAGGUAUGUGGGAGGCCCUUCAUGCAGGACAACAAGCUGAAGGCGCACAUGCUGCUCCAUGGUGCUGCCAAGGCGUUCAUGUGCGACCUCUGUGGGAAGACCUUCCUGUACAACUGCCAGCUGAAGAAGCAUCAGAAAGCCGCACACGAGGAGAAGCAGGUGUCCAAGAGGCGAGGUCGGGAGAGAGGCGAGCGCAGGGUGAUCUACCGGCGGGACAAAACCAUGCUGGAUGUGACGCCCUUCAGCUGUGGCACCUGCCGCAAAGGCUUUAACUCAGCUGCUUCGCUGGAAAGGCACGAGCUGAUCCAUGCUGGCGGCGCCGCACAGUAUGCCUGCGACCAAUGUGACAAGUUUUUUUUCUACAAAGCCACCUACGAGUACCACCAGAGGAUCCACUCUGGGGAGCGGCCGUUUGGGUGCGACGUCUGUGGGAAGCGGUUCGUCAUCCGCCAGGCGCUCAAGUCCCACAGGCUGCAGCACUCUGGAGAGAAACCACACAAGUGCGAGCAGUGUGGCAAGGACUUUCGUAUCUACACCAACUACCUGCGACACCUCCGUGUCCACACGGGGGAGAAACCCUAUGAGUGCGAGGUGUGUGGGACACGGUUCCGGCAGCUUGGACAUGUCAAGUUCCACAUGCAGGUCCACACAGGAGAGAGGCCAUACUCCUGCAGCAGCUGUGGGCUCGGCUUUUCAGACUCCAGGUUACUCAGGAAACAUAACUGCAGUGAGAAAUAGGAUGGAUGGAUGUGAGAAAUAAAAAGUUUUUUGACA